UUUACGGCCGCGGGGACGGAGCGAGCCGGCGCGAGGGCCACUCGGGCCCGGAAGCGGGGCGGGCGAGCGAAGUUGAUGCGCGGUGGCGGGGCGAGCGCGGCGUCUGGCCGGCUUCUUACCGCCGCGGAGCAAAGGGGGGCCCGAGAAGCGGCAGGGUCGGCGUCGAGGAGCGGCCCGGGAGUCUCCGGCGGCGGCAGAGGCGGAGCCGGCGUCCCCGGGCCGGGGAGCGGCGGCCCGGGGUCCCCCGCGGGCAAGAUGAGCUUGACCCCGAAGGAGCUGUCGAGCCUGCUGAGCAUCAUCUCGGAGGAGGCGGGCGGCGGCAGCACCUUCGAGGGCCUGUCCACGGCCUUCCACCACUACUUCAGCAAGGCCGACCACUUCCGCCUGGGCUCGGUGCUGGUCAUGUUGCUGCAGCAGCCGGACCUGCUGCCCAGCGCGGCGCAGCGCCUCACGGCGCUCUACCUGCUCUGGGAGAUGUACCGCACCGAGCCGCUCGCCGCCAACCCGUUCGCCGCCAGCUUCGCGCACCUUCUCAACCCCGCGCCGCCCGCCCGCGGCGGCCAGGAGCCCGACCGGCCACCGCUCUCAGGAUUUUUACCUCCUAUAACUCCACCAGAAAAGUUUUUUCUUUCCCAGCUGAUGCUGGCACCACCGAGGGAACUCUUCAAAAAGACGCCUCGCCAGAUUGCUUUGAUGGACGUUGGAAACAUGGGCCAGUCUGUGGACAUCAGUGGGCUUCAGCUAGCCUUGGCCGAGCGCCAGUCGGAAUUGCCAACCCAGAGUAAGGCUAGCUUCCCUAGUAUUCUCAGUGACCCAGACCCGGAUUCUUCCAAUUCUGGAUUUGACAGCUCGGUCGCCUCUCAGAUCACAGAAGCUUUAGUCAGUGGACCAAAACCGCCUAUUGAAAGCCAUUUUCGGCCAGAGUUCAUUCGCCCUCCACCUCCACUCCACGUCUGUGAGGAUGAGUUGGCGUGGCUAAAUCCAACAGAGCCUGACCAUGCAAUUCAGUGGGAUAAAUCAAUGUGUGUUAAGAACAGCACUGGUGUAGAGAUCAAGCGAAUAAUGGCCAAAGCCUUCAAAAGCCCUUUAUCUUCUCCUCAGCAAACACAGCUCCUGGGUGAGUUGGAAAAAGAUCCCAAACUUGUUUAUCAUAUUGGCCUGACUCCAGCCAAACUUCCUGAUCUCGUGGAGAACAACCCUCUAGUGGCUAUAGAAAUGUUGCUGAAACUGAUGCAGUCGAGCCAGAUAACCGAGUAUUUUUCAGUCCUAGUCAAUAUGGACAUGUCCUUACAUUCAAUGGAAGUUGUAAAUCGACUAACUACAGCUGUUGAUCUACCUCCUGAAUUUAUCCACCUUUAUAUAUCCAAUUGCAUCUCCACUUGUGAGCAAAUUAAGGAUAAAUAUAUGCAGAAUCGUUUGGUGCGUCUCGUUUGCGUCUUCCUCCAGUCCUUGAUCCGCAACAAAAUUAUUAAUGUGCAGGACCUGUUCAUAGAAGUGCAGGCGUUCUGUAUUGAAUUCAGUAGGAUACGAGAAGCUGCUGGCCUCUUCCGGUUGUUGAAGACGUUGGAUACUGGGGAAGCCCCUUCUGAGGCUAAAAUGUCAAAGUAAUACCUCGUGGGAACGAUGCCAUUUAUUGUUCAGCCAUACUGUGGUUUAAUUUUCAAAACUGUUAAAACCCUGCGUGGAUUGCUGGGUCUAGUGCAUAUAACAACACUUUAUCUACGUAAAGCAAAA